UCCUGUUUUGUUUGGAAAAUGGACGGUAAUCUUUUACAAACUUUCCUGUUAAUUACUUGCAUCAAGAUCCUCUUAAUCCCUACUUAUCAUUCCACUGAUUUUGAGGUACAUCGAAAUUGGCUGGCUAUAACACAUAGUCUACCUAUCAAGGAAUGGUAUGUGAAUGCACAAUCUUCAUGGACUCUUGAUUAUCCACCCUUGUUUGCGUGGUUUGAAUAUUGUCUUAGCCAGGUAGCAGUGUUUUUUGAUCCAGAGAUGGUCAAAGUAGAGAAUUUGAAUUAUGUAUCACCAGCUACUGUGUUCUUCCAACGAGGAACCGUCAUAUUUUCCGACCUGAUAUUUGCAUAUGGAGUUAGAGAAACGAGUAAAACAUUUUGUAAGUCCCUGAACAAUUGUGAAGUUUUUAUAUUUCUUUCAUUAUGCAACAUAGGACUGCUGAUAGUAGAUCAUAUACAUUUCCAGUAUAAUGGCUUCCUACUCGGUGUUUUAUUAAUAUCAAUGGCAAAAGUUUCAAAAACUGGUGAACAGGUGUCAGUAUUACAAGGUGCUAUGUGGUUUGCCAUUUUACUCAAUUUAAAGCAUCUUUAUUUAUAUGUAGCACCGGCCUACAUCGCCUGGUUAUUAAAAUCGUAUUGUCUAAACAAUGGUAAUUUUUUUAAACGAUUAUUUGCACUUGCAUCUAUUGUGCUGAGCAUCUUUAUGGUAUCUUUUGGUCCCUUCAAAACUCAAUUACCGCAGGUAAUUUCUCGUCUGUUUCCAUUUAAAAGAGGCUUAGUACAUUCAUACUGGGCUGCAAAUAGUUGGACUUUCUAUAUUGGUGCAGAGAAGGUGUUGUCUGUGAUAUGGAAAUAUUUAGGAUGGUUAAAAGAUAUUAAACCUGCAGUAAUGACCGGUGGUCUGGUACAAGAACAAAGCUUCUUCGUAUUACCCACCCCAACUCCUAUUGUUACAUUUGUUUUGACUUUUGUGACAAUAUUUCCUGCAUUAUGGUGUCUACUCUGUAAAAAGUCCUAUAUGAAUUCGAAAUAUUUUGUUAGAUGCAUUGUACUAUGUGCUUUGAGUUCAUUUAUGUUCGGCUGGCAUGUACAUGAGAAAGCCAUAUUAACUGCAAUUAUCCCUUUGUGUGUCCUCGCAGCAAUAGACGCGGAAGAUGCACGGAUAUUUAUAAUUUUAAGCAGUGCUGGUCAUACUGCUCUCUUACCAUUGCUAUAUCCUGAGAAUUUAUUUUUAUUAAAAUUACUAUUGUCAUUAACGUAUAUGAUUUCAUCGAUAUUAAUCUUGUCUAUUCAACAUAACAGGCCUCUAUUACGAGUAUACGAAUAUCUAUAUAUAACAUUACUACCAUUAGUUACAAUUUAUGAAGUGUUGUUGCAUAAAUUGCUAUUUAGUCAUAAAAUGCCUUUUCUACCAUUAGCAUUUACUUCUAUAUACUGUGCAAUUGGUGUAACUUAUUGCUGGAUAUUGUAUUACUAUAUGUAUCUACAGAAUAAUCGCGCACAAAUAAUUGAAAUUGCAGGAAACAAAUCAAGAUACCAUAAAUUAAAAGAUACAUAAUCCUAAGAAUUCCAUGAUUGUUAAAAAUUUGUACAGAUUUUUAUAACUGAAAAUGUCUGUAAAUAAUAUAAUUAAAUUAUAAAAUACAUGCAUAUAAUUAUAGACUAGAAAAUAUGCAUUGUCCUAUGAUUAUAAUGUAAAUUAUCUAUGUAAGUAGUUAUUUAAAUAAUAAAUUAUUGUACUUACUAAACAGAA